AUGCAGCAUGUAUCGGGCCCCUAUGGACUCCCCACUCCCCCGGCGUCACCGCUCUCCUUCGAACAUCAGCAGAAGUGUACGAUACAACACCACAUCCCCACACAGCCUCAUCACCAGGCACGAUACGUUCCAGUGACUCCGGAGGAGCGGUUAGGGAAGUUUCUCGGUGGCACUCUCCAGCUGACAGGUAUCCUCGGGACCGGCGCCUAUGGAGUCGUCUACUCGGCUGUCGACAUCAAGACGAAUGUUCGCUAUGCCGUGAAGACGUUGAGCAAGUUCAACGCCGAUGGAACUCCUUUGGAUAGCCGACAAGUCCAGUUUCAGACCAGGGAAAUCCGACUUCACUACCUAGCAUCGGCCCACCGCAAUGUGGUCUCCAUCCUGAAGAUCAUUGACGACCCAGAUUGCAUCUAUGUAAUUUUGGAGUACUGCCCUGAAGGUGACCUGUUCUUCAACAUCACCGAGUGCGGACAAUACGUGGGUAAGGAUGAACUUGCCAAGAAGGUUUUCCUGCAAAUCCUGGAUGCCGUGGAGCACUGCCAUACCCUUGGGAUCUAUCACCGGGACCUCAAGCCUGAAAACAUCCUGGUUUCGGACCAAGGACAGACCGUCAAGCUAGCAGACUUUGGCCUGGCUACUGCCUCAGACCGAUCCGAAGACUACGGCUGUGGAUCGACAUUCUACAUGUCACCAGUCCAGUCGAAAUCCAGCCAAAUCCCCGAACCCCAACUGACAUUUUUCUGUUUCUCCCCCGCAGAAUGCCUGGACCACUCAUCCCGGAGGCCAUUCUACUACUGCGCACCCAAUGAUGUCUGGAGCCUGGGAGUUAUUCUCGUCAACCUCACCUGUGGUCGCAACCCAUGGAAGCAGGCCUCUGUUGAUGAUUCUACAUACCGGGCGUACACCAGGAGCCCUGGCUUCUUGAAGACUAUUCUGCCCAUCUCGGACGAGCUUAACGACAUCCUGGCCCGCAUCUUCACCCACAACCCGGAGCAGCGCAUCACCAUCUCGGAGCUCAAGGCCAGAAUCAGUGCAUGCUCUCGCUUCACCGAGCAGCCUUGCACCAUUCCCCAGGCCCUGCCCACUGCCCCUAUCUCUCCGGAGCACCACUUUGGUGACUACGAGGACGCUAUCAUUGAUGAGCCUGACUUCGACGCCCCGCUGUCUCCCAUUUCCUCGGAUGGAUCUCUUUCCGAUGGAAGUUCGACAUGCUCCUCUGACGAGGGCUCGCUGGCUUCCAGCUGCAGCUCCGUUGAUGAUGCCGAGGAUGACGAGCUCUGCCGUGAGCGUCCUGAGGUGACAACCCCGCCACCCAUGGCUGAGGGUCCACUGGCCAUCCUCGAACCCGAGGACCCAAGGAUGUUGAGCUUCCAACAGGAGUUUGUCCCAUACCCCGGGAUGAUGCUACACGACCCAAUGCACGCAGGACUUCCUUUGCAGCCGCCAUGUGCACCCAAGCCGCACUAUCACAACGUGAUGGAAUGGAUGGGCAAGUACGCACAACCGGCGCCAAUGCAGCACUACCCAGUGCCGUUUCACCAUCAGGUCCCUGUGUUCAUCCCUCAGGGAUGCUACUAG